UUUUUUUUUUCCCCUGCGAUGUGUGCCAAGAAUCGAAAGAGUCACUCCUCCCUAGGUAGGUUCAACUAUAAUUGCUGCUCAGUAUCGAGAGAUACCAGCCAAAUUGUUCAUUUAAUCCAAUUAUUUGCCCUUUCACGCUCCUGUCUUUCUUUCAUGCCUUUCCAAUCAGACUGUUGAUCUGGCCAUAUUUGACGUCCCUGAUUCUGCAAUGUCUGUCUCCUUUAUUAUCAGAACGCCCUGUUCAUCGGCCAAUAUCGGCCCUGGGUUCGAUGUCAUCGGCCUAGCAUUGUCUCUUCACCUCGAACUCCAUGUCACCAUUGACUCUUCCAAAUCAUCGUCCGAGCACCCUUUGAAUUGUGUGAUUACGUAUGAAGAUCAGAGCAAGAGUACUGAGAAGAUUAGCCUGGACCCUGAGGUUAACCUGAUCACCCGUGUAGCUCUGUACGUACUUAGAUGCCAUGACCAAAGGGCAUUUCCUGUUGAGACCCGAGUCCAUAUUGUAAAUCCCAUUCCUCUGGGUCGGGGUCUUGGUUCGUCAGGCACAGCGGUGGUUGCUGGCGUGAUGUUGGGAAAUGAAGUAGGUCGUCUCGGGUUGAGCAAGGACAGGCUACUGGAUUAUUGCUUGAUGAUUGAGAGGCACCCGGACAAUGUCGCUGCCUCACUCUUUGGAGGCUUCGUCGGUACCUAUUUGAAUGAGCUGAAACCUGAGGAUGUAGCCCGCAAGGAAAUCCCGCUCAGUGAAGUUCUCCCUGCCCCGGCAGGUGGCAUUGACACUGGCAGGAGGCCCCCCGAGCCUCCUCUGGGCAUCGGCCAUUAUCGAAAGUUUCAAUGGGCCAAGGAAAUCAAGGCCAUCGCAAUUAUCCCUGACUUCGUGGUGCCCACUGCCAAUGCCCGAAACGUCCUACCCACCACGUACACGAGAGCAGACGUCGUUUUCAAUUUACAACGCGCUGCAUUGCUUCCCGCAGCACUGGGCAGCUCUCCGCCAGACCCAGAUAUGAUUUACCUGGCCAUGCAGGACAAGGUCCAUCAGCCAUACCGGAAGACACUUAUCCCAGGCUUGACGGAGAUUCUUCAGUCCAUGAACCCAAUUAGCCAGCCGGGCCUGCUUGGAAUUUGUCUAUCCGGUGCAGGACCUACCAUUUUGGCUCUAGCCACCGACAGAUUCGAAGAAAUCGCGGACCGCAUCAUGUCCCACUUUGCUUCCAACAACAUCUGCUGCCAGUGGAAAUUACUGGAGCCUGCCCAAGACGGCGCCACAGUACACCGUUGAGGCUUCGUACACUCAAUAUAUCUACGACAAAGUAGCAAGAGAGGAGUUUACUAGACGACUGGUGGCAUCUUUCUCUUUGAGAUGUUCCAUGGUUUUGUAUAUAUUUUCGAGACUGUUGAUGUCUAAGUUGGCCUAACUUCCUGCCCUUGUGCGGCGUCGCUCGACCCAUUACAUGCGUCAUGGGCAGGCCAAUAUCCGAGCCCGGGAGGGUUUACCUACCCCAGCUCCGGUCUCAUCACAAAUGAGAAUUUUAGUACUUCUGAAAUUGUUUGUCGAGGACUCUGCCUUAGCAUGUACAAGUGACUUGGUGUUUAAAAAGAAGAAGGAAAAAAAAAGACAGAGCAUAUAUAUCUG